UAUAAAUGAUACAGAAGCAAUCACCUUCCCUUCCAUCAAAACCAAUCCCUUCUCUUUCCGUUUCUCUCCGUUCUAACCCUAAUCUCUCUUUCUCCCUCUAUCAUUUCCUUCUCCAUCCGUCACUUUCAACCUUUCCCGAAACUUCUCUCUCUCUCUCUCUCUCUCUCUCUCAAGUACUGGUUAAUUUUUGUUUGUAUAUAUAUAUAGAUAGAGAAAUAUACAGCAUCGAUCAAUCAAGCAACUCUCUAGCCCCAAGUGCUUUCUGCUUGUAUCCAUGGCUUCUCAUGAGUACUUUCUGUCGCUGCUUCUUCUAGCCGGUUUGGUCGGAACGUUGCAGGCUUUUCAGUUCCACGUCGGCGGCGGAGACGGCUGGGUUCCAAACCCUCGUAAGAGCUUCAAUGACUAUUCUAAGAGACUGAGGUUUCAAGUCAAUGAUACUCUCUUUUUCAAGUAUAAGAAAGGAUCGGAUUCUGUGUUGGUUGUGAACAAGGACGACUACGACAACUGCAAUACCAAGAAACCGAUCAUGAAGAUGGAGGAUGGAGAAUCGACGUUCAAGUUGGAUCGAUCGGGUCCCUUCUACUUCAUCAGCGGCAUCAAAGAUCACUGUGAAAAGGGCCAGAAGUUGGUCGUCGUUGUUAUGGCCGUCAGGAGCAACAAGCCCAAGACCCAUCCGCCUCUGCCUCCUCCGCCCGCCCAAUCUCCGACGCCGGUGGUGGCCCCAAUAUCCCCUUCUUCUCCCCCAACAACAUCGUCUCCAUCUCCGUCAGCUACACCUCCGGCGACCCAAGUCCCCGUGUCCUCUCCGGGACCUGCAGCCUCUCUAUCUCCGGCUCCGGCCGUGGUGGGCCCAAGCGUGUCAACCCCGUCUCCGUCACCUGCCUCGAUAUCUCCGGUGGUGGCCCCAUCUCCUUACUCUCUCUCCCCAAGCUCGUCAACUCCGUCUCCAUCUCCAGCGGCUCCGGUGGUGGCCCCAUCUCCUUACUCUCUUCCCCCAAGCUCGUCGGCUCCGUCUCCGUCUCCAGCAGCUAUAUCUCCGGCGACACAGGGCCCCUCUCCUGCCUCGCUGUCACCGGCAACGUCGCCAUCUGCUACGCCCAGUGGAUCACCCGCGCCUGCCACCGGAUCAAUGUCACCACCACCGACGACAGGCUUGGGCCCAACGUCCUCAUCUCCGCCCGCACCGGCAUCCGGAACCCCAUCUCCGUCGUCGGCAUUGUCUCCGGGAGCGGGGACGGAGAACGCGAAUUCCACUUCACCGCCUAAAUCAUCGGCGACGGCUCUGACCCCCUCCGGUUUCAUGCCAUCGUCAGUGACGGCGGCGUUGAGCGUUCUCAUCCUGGGUGUCUUUAUGGCCGCACCUUAAAGCAGCAGCACGUAUUUACGUCUUCUUUAUGGGACUUUUUGUGAUUUAUUAUUUUACCAGUUCUUACGUUGUUAUGUAUAUGUGAUUUUUCUUAUAUAUAUAUAUAUAUAUAUAUUUGUCAUUUCAUUUAGGGUUAUUUAAUUUAAAAUAAAACUAAAAACAGAAAUAAAAGUCCUUGAUUUUGUGCUC